AUGCCUUUCAAUCGCAUUGCUGUAUAUUCCCACCGUGGGUGGGUCAGUUCGGAGAUCGUCAAGGGUCUCGCUGCGUCGGGGGCAUACAUCCGCGUUCUAUACCGUCCGGGAUCUGACAUUUCAACUCUACCAGAAAAUGUCGACACGGUCGAAGUUGACUUGGCUGAUCAUGAAGCUUUGAUAAGAAGUCUUCAGGAUAUCGAUAUUGUGAUUUCCCUGGUCGGACAUGACGGUGUCACCAUCCAACAUCAUUUUAUCACAGUCAUUCCCAAGACAAAUGUCCAACUGUUUUCUCCAUCAGACCUGGCUUCGCGGUAUGAUUCUCUGGGUCUGCGAAUUCCACUCAACAAAGCGAAGAGGGAAGUCGAGGAGGCUGCACAUCAAGCGGGAAUUCCUACUACCAUUGUUCUAACGGGCAAUUUUGCAGAAUUUGCCUUGGGUACGCGGGCAAUGGGCGUUGACUGUGUGAACAACAAGAUGAUUUUCUCCGGCGAUAGUGCUACUCUGCCAGUCAAUCUUUGCACUCGGCCCUAUGUGGCAGCAGCUUAUGCAUCCAUAUUUGCCUCUACUCCCAUUGACCAACUAAAGGGUCGAUUCUUGGCACUCUCAGAAUUGAGACCAACGGGCAAUGAAAUCGCAGCAGCCCUGACAAAGAAGUUCAACGGAGCACCAUCAACAGCCUUGGAGAGUACUGAAGAUACAAUCCGUCGGAUUGAGACGGAGCUAGAAGCAGGAAGUCCCCUUGCUCUUGCGCAUUGCUGUCGAAAGAUAUGGGGAAAUGGACAGCAAACUGAGAUGGUCGGCGACGAUAUCUGGGAUGUAGAGGGAUAUUCCAAGUCCACUAUUGAUGAUCUCAUUGUUGGGGGCCAUUUGGGCCAGUAUCGAGCUCUACCUGCAGCAGCGAAUGACCACUUUGCUGGUUUGUUCAAAGACUGUAAAUAG